AUGGAGGACUUCCAGAGCAACAGAAGCAUCAACAACGGCGCGUGCGACACCGUGUGGGAGUGCGUGAUCCCGUACGUGAAGGACGCGCGUGACCGUGGCGCGGUGUCGCUCGUGUGCAAGCGCUGGUACAAGAUCGACGCCAUCACGCGCAAGCACGUCACCAUGGCGCUCUGCUACACCGCCGCCCCGCGGAGCUUGUCGCGGAGGUUCCCUCACCUCGAGUCGCUGAAGAUCAAGGGCAAGCCACGCGCCGCCAUGUUCAAUUUGAUCCCGGAGGACUGGGGUGGGUACGUCACGCCGUGGGUGGAGGAAAUCGUCACGUCCUUUCGGAGGAGUAUGAGGGUGCUUCACUUCCGGAGGAUGAUUGUCAAGGAUUCGGAUCUUGAGCAGUUGGCUGCCUCGGCUGGGAACGUUUUGGAAGUGUUGAGGCUGGAUAAGUGUUCGGGCUUCUCCACGGACGGUCUUUUGCAUGUCGGGCGCUUAUGCAGGAAUUUGAGGAUCUUAUUUUUGGAAGAGAGCUCAAUAAAAGAGAAUGAUGGACAAUGGUUGCAUGAGCUUGCUUCGAACAACACGGUUCUUGAAAAUUUGAACUUCUACAUGACUGAGCUCAUGGAAGUCAGUUCUAGAGACCUUAAAUUGAUCGCAAGAAAUUGUCCGUCUUUGGCCUCGAUGAAAAUUAGUGAGUGUGAUAUUUCACACCUCGUAGAUUUUUUCAGAACUGCUACUUCAUUGGAGGAGUUUGGUGGGGGCUCCUUUAGUGACCCCCCCGGACAGGUUGGUGAAGGUGUUUUCAAUGAUUUGGAAAGGUACAGUGGUGUUGUAUUCCCACCAAGAUUAUGCGGCUUGGCUCUCACUUAUCUGGGGAACACACAUAUGCCCAUUCUCUAUCCUGUUGCUUCAAGGCUUAGAAAGUUGGAUCUCCUUUAUGCUAUGCUGGACACUGAAGGCCUUUGUCUCUUGCUGCAACGAUGUCCUAACUUAGAAAUACUCGAGACGAGGAAUGUCAUUGGAGACCGAGGACUGGAAGUACUCGCCGAAUUCUGCAAGCGAAUGAAGCGUCUCCGGAUCGAGCGCGGGGCAGACGAGGAAGACAUCGAGGGGGUCGUGUCCCAGACAGGACUUAUUGCCUUAGCUCGUGGCUGCCUCGAGCUCGAGUACCUUGCCGUCUAUGUGUCCGACAUCACCAAUGCAUCCCUCGAAUGCAUCGGCGCGCACUCCACAAACCUGCGAGACUUCCGUCUCGUCCUCCUUGACCAUGAGGAGCAAAUUACCGAUCUGCCCCUAGACAAUGGGGUCCGGUCCCUCCUAAUGGGCUGCAGCAUGCUGAGACGGUUUGCCCUCUACCUCCGGCACGGCGGCCUGACCGAUGUGGGCCUGGGCUAUAUCGGCCGGUAUAGCCCCAAUGUGAGGUGGAUGCUGCUCGGGUUUGUGGGGGAGUCAGACGAGGGCCUGCUCGAGUUCUCGAGGGGGUGCCCGAGCCUGCAGAAGCUGGAAGUGAGGGGUUGCUGUUUUAGCGAGCGUGCCUUGGCUGAGGCGUCACUACAGCUGGCGAACCUGAGAUAUCUGUGGGUUCAGGGGUACCGAGGGUCCGGUGACGGGCGGGACCUGAUGAGCAUGGUGAGGCCGUACUGGAAUAUAGAGCUGAUACCCGCGAGGCAGGUUUAUGGUGAUGGCGGGAUGAUUGUGGCGGAGGACCCAGCGCACAUCCUGGCGUAUUACUCGCUUGCCGGCCAGAGGAUGGAUUUUCCGGCAAGCGUGAUACCGUUCAACCCGGAUAGGCUCUUCAGUGCCUAG